UGAUCGACGACUUGAGGAGUCUGAUCCUAUGGAGAUGAUGGAGCGAGACAGGGCUUUGGCUUCAAGGAGUCUUUCCAAGCUGGAGAUCUCGAGCCAGGGUACAACGCCAAAUACAACCUUCUCCAAGAAAUACUCCGCGCUAUGCUCAAGACCCCUCACCCGAGAUUCUCUAUUGCUUGACCUUCGCGGCGAUUACGACGACUACGUCCAAGAUCCGCGAUAUCCCUGGCCACACAGCUUCAUCGUCCAAGACAUUGUUCAAGCAUUUGCUAUGAUAGCCAUGUUCUUGCCAAACUCGAAUGUCACAAAGCUAGUCACCAUGUUUGUCAACUCAAGCCAGUGCGACGAGUUCAGAAAAUCAGGAGUCUUUGAUCCCAAGGAACGAAGCAAGGUGCGCCCUGAUCGCCGAACCAGACCGAGUUAUAAAUUCCGCGAUAAGGAGCUUUGGAAGGAGUGGAAGGAGUUUUACACAAGGGUUACAGACUAUAUCUGCUUAGCUGUAACGCUGAUGAAAACUCAAUUAUCCAUAGAGCCAACUAGUGAGAGGUUUAAAUCAAGUAUAUCUUGUCAAGGAUUCAUUUCACUCUGCCCUCACCUUAAAAUGAAGUUCACUUAUUACACCUUUCUUCCCAUUGUCCUCCUCGCCACUUCCUUUCACGCAGGAGGGUGUGGCUCAAGGGCGAGGGUAUACAAAUUUCAGACUGAUGCGCACUAUAAUGAAGGUUUACUCGAUUGCCCCAACGGCUACGGCGACGUGGGAUGUCCCUUUGGCACUGCAGCUCACGACGUACAACAACAUCCCCCUGUCAAUGAUGGUGACCAUACACAUGUUGCCGUUAGGAAGUGA